AUGGACGAGGCACAAAGCCUUGACGCGCUCAGCGCUGUCCUGACAGGCCUGGAGUCCCAACCAUUCGACUCGGGCCUACACGCGAAGCACAUCAAGCUUACGCAGUCUCUCCAGCAAGACCCUCAAUCCGCUAUUGAACUCAUGACGUCUUGCAUUGCUGCACCGGAGGAAGUUUGGCUUGCACGAAUUCGACCCGCCGAAGCCGCUGUGGACGUCGCCUCAGCAGAGAGUGUAGAGGAAGUGCUGUCGUUGUACAAGCUUGCAGAGGAUGACUAUAUGUCUCUUACCAUACUUAAGAAACACGCGGAAUUCGUCGUAGCCUGCUACAACCAGUACAAGGAGACUGAAAAGCCAGCAGAAUUCGACGAACAGUUUUCUGCCGCGUGGACGCGAGAGGCGUUGACCGAGAUUGUCGACAAAACCUUGCGCCACCCAUCUAAUAAUGAGGUGUGGAACGUGCUUCGCGAAUGGGAGCUUGACGAACUAGAUGCGGUCCCAGAAGCCGACAAAUUGGAAGCAGUCACCCGCGUCGAAAAGUUUAUCUUGGCUCGUCUAGCGCUGCCACAUCCUCAUUUGGAAGAGGUUGCGCAGGGUUAUUCGUCUUUCACCACCAAGCACAAACCAACAGAUGCAUACGAGUCGUUGCUCGUAGCAGCAUCGAAGAUUCGUGGCAAGGCAACGAAGGCAUACCAAAAGCGUGAGUCUUGGGAGACAACUUUGUCUCAAACACCGACACUCGAAAACUUUGCGCUCCGCAUUACUUCUGAACGUCGAGCUAAGAAUCCUGACUGGUCCCUGGUGAAAACCUUGUUUGAGCGUGCUAUCGCAGAGGCAGCCAAGCGCAUGUUUAACGGAGAAGAAGGGGUAGAAUCGAUACUGAAGACGUUUUGGAAUGGGUAUUCAGAUGCGGCACGCAUCCUUGGGGUUGGAACAGAGGAUGAGCUUGGGAUAUUUUUGAGGGCUGUGCGAAGUGUUCCUGGAUCUGGUGAGACCUGGGCGAGGUAUCUGCGCUGUUUGGAACGAGCGGGAGAAGCAUCAGUUGCAGACAUAUAUGAUAAGGCAUUGAGCUCCAACCUACUGCAAUCCAACGUCGAAGAGCUUGUGCCUCUCAUUCUCGCACGUGGUUCAUACGAGAAACGUUUGUUUGAAUCCAGCGAAGGAGACGAAGACCGCUUCGUUACACUGGUCGCGACCCUCGAGGCAGGCGUGGAUCUUGUGCGAAAAGCUUCCACCACUGGAGACGCUCGUCUUCGCGUUGAAAAGUUCCUCGUUUCGGUGUAUGAUGCGGCGAACAUGGAAGACAGCGGACUUGAGAUUCUGCAUGCAUCGGCAAAGCACAAUAAGACGAGUUAUAACGCUUGGAUCACAUAUACAGAUGCACUGAUACGACAUGGGCGCCAUGACCAGGCACGGAAGACUUUUGUGGAUCUACAUGCGAAGAAUCUUGACUGGCCUGAAGCGCUUUGGGAAGCAUGGCUCGCAUUUGAGCACCUUCAUGGCUCCGUUCAGGAACUUGAAACCUGUGGGGACAAGAUUGAGAAGGCACAAUAUGUCGUGAACACACGCAGAGCCAAGGAUGCAGAGAGGCAAGCUGCUCAGUAUGCAGCUCAACAAAUGGCUUCUGUGCCCGUCGAACAGGCUCCGGUUCCUCAACUCGACUCCGUAGAUGCUGUGCCGAUGGAGGUUGAUUCGACAGCGCCUGGCCCGCGCGGCAAGAAGCGAGCGGCUGAAGAUCCUUCGUUGGACGAAGGAAACAAGAAGCCGAAACUAGCUAAAACAGCUCCACUCAAACGGGAUCGUGAGAACUGUACCGUCUUUGUGGCUGACUUGCCCUCCGACGUCACUGAGGACGAUUUAGUAGCCUUAUUCAAAGAUUGCGGGGAUGUACGGGAAGUUAAGAUUAGACCACUUGCAGGGGCGGUAGUUGCGACUGUUGAGAUGGCAGAUCGGGAAAACAUUCCGGCCGCAUUGACGAAAGACAAGAAACGCGUCCGCGGCAAAGAAAUUGCUGUCCAUCUCGCAUGGAAAUCGACACUAUAUGUUGCCAACUACCCCGAAAGCGCCGAUGAUGCAACCCUGCGGGAAUUGUUUGGAAAGUAUGGCACCUUGUUUGAUGUUCGUUGGCCCAGCAAGAAAUUCAAGGAAACGCGUCGCUUUUCUUACGUGCAGUUCACGUCUCCCAUGGACGCUGAAAAAGCUCUGGAGUUGCAUGGUCGCGAGCUGGAGCCUGGUCUUCCCUUAACGGUCUUGAUCUCGAAUCCGGAACGCAAGAAAGCAAGAACUGACCAGGACGCCAAUGAUCGAGAGUUAUAUGUUGCUGGGCUUAGCAAACAUACCUCAAAACAAGAUCUGCAAAAUCUCUUUAAAGCCUAUGGCAUUAUCAAAGAGGUUCGUUUGGCAACGGACAAUCAUAACCAGUGCAAAGGGUUCGCAUUUGUCGAGUUUGAAGAACAAUCGUCUGCGCAAGAUGCUCUCGAAGCCAACAAUCAAGAGCUCAAAGGCCGCCGCAUUGCUGUUACACUGGCAGACUCGCGAGCACGGAAAAGUCGGGGCAAUGAACCCGAUAACGGCCUUGGCAAAAAGGCGGAUACUCGUAGUCGCUCUGUCCGUGUACGAAACUUACCGGCGGGCACGCAAGAAGGCUUACUCCAGCAAGUCCUCGAAAAAAUUGCGCAAGUCAAGCGGGUGGAAGUGUUCGCCGACACCAACGAGGCAGUCGUGGAAUUGGGAAACGCUGCAGAAGCGGGCAAAUUAUUGCUGCGGACCGAGCCUAUCGAGUUUGAGGGCCAAGUGUUGACUCUCUCGGAAGAGAGCAGUGAUCAGAAGGCGGCGAAGAAGGAAGGCUCUCCAUGCCUCGGGCCGCUGUCGGGGAUUGAGACUCUCUGCAAGCAUUCUCCUCUUACUGUGACUGUAGAUUCAACGGAUGCAAGGAAGACAUACCAUCUGACGACAGACGAAUUGGCGACGCUCCCUUAUGAGAGCCGGCCCUCUGCUAAUAUAGGCCGACAUGCGUUUAUGCAGCCCAUGAAGCUAUACAACGCAAAGGCGCUCUACAACCUUGCGCGGGAGAAAAGCAGAGUUCUCAAUAUCCCUCUUCGUGUUCGUAACCCAGGUUCGACCGCGAUGGCCACCACUAUAUCGCCGAGUAUAUCGCUGCCGUCCAACUUUCCCAAGUGGCUUAAUGACGAGAGGAAUGCACAACCGCGACCGUUGCGAAUUUCAGCAUAUCAACGGGUUGCCGAUGACCCUGAGAUGGAGAAGAUUCGAUGGAGAGGCUCACUCGUCCCUCAUUUGGUGUCUUUGGAGGAUGCUUGCUGGCUUUAUUGUAUCAAGCCGAAGGACAUCGCUGACCUGAGGGCUAUCUCUCCUUGGCUCGAUGCUCAGACUGUUGCACAAAGAGCUGUUACCCUUCAUGGCGGGUUCUACGCACAUCAUGACUACGUCCACCGACGACGACAGGAAGAGGAAGCAAGUCUCGACGAGAAAUAUAGGGGUUUGCACAUCGUUCAGGAUUGGCGCAGCGACUUCACUUGGUCCGCCCAUGUCAGCGAUUAUCUGGACUGGGUCCGAGUCCAAAACAACAGUAUAGACGACAGUUCGCGUCUGUACUGGGACCGCCGCACCGGGGAAGAGGAGUACACAGUGGCCGUGCUCUACCCACUGGAAUAUGGGUGCGACAACGACUAUGGCUGUGGAUGGCAAUGGUACCCUGAGUGGGACAGCUUUUGA